UAUUUCUAAGAUUAAGAUUAAAAUGAUAAAGAAAAAUAUAUUUAUUUUAAUGUUAUUCACAAAUGUAAAAUGUCGUAACUUUGAAGAUUCAUUUAACAUUCUCAUGAAAGACAGUGCAGUUUACUCUAUCGAGGAAUUUCUAGGCCCCGAUGAUUAUGAAAUGAUCGAUGUUAAAGAUAUAAAUAGAGAAAAUAUCGAUGAUAUAUUAUUUGACUUGAAUAAAUUAGCGGAAGAAGAAUAUUAUAAAACUACAAAUACACCACUUGCUGAGGAAACACAAGAUAUCGAAAAUGAUUUUUUGAAGAAAUCUGUUAAAUGUAAUACAGCUGUUGAAAAUACAACAAACCACAUUGUCCAUAAAAGAGAUAUUAUGGUAUCAGCCGAGGAGGUAGAUUACGACUACGAUGAACUAUUGAAUGACUACAUCGGAUCGGAUAAUAAUGGCGAAAUCAUUACAAACGAUGGAGAGGGAAGUCACAUUGCAGUUAAUGAUGUUAUGUGUAUAAUCAAUGAAACGUUAAGACAAUCCCCGAAAGUUAUAAUGGCAAGACUCUGGAAUAAUUUAAAAAUAUGGCUGGUCGUUUAUCUCGUUGUGGCCGUGCCUUUAUGGUGUACUAAAGGUUGGUGUUGUUGCUGUUUAUGCUGCAAGCUGUUGCAACCGCAACGCACUAUACAGGAUGCUAAACAAUACUACAUGACGAAUCCGCCCGGUGUAUUAAAUGUACCCAACUCCGGAGUCAUUUGUUACGAAGCGACUGAACGCGAGAAAGAAAGCUAUGAGAAAUUUGGUCAUAUUAUAAGAACUAUAUAAAACAUAUUUGGAACGCGAGAAGAGAUUAGUUAUA